CAACCUUUCUAGUUGGUUUGCUGCAAUUUAGGUUAUUGAAGGUGCUGUGAGUGACACUAGCCAGAAAACAAAUCUAAGAACGACUAGCCAAGUUACCAUGAAGUCCGCCUGCCUGAUCAUUCUGGCAUCUCUAGUGGUCUGCAACCUGACAUUGGCUCGAGGACAGGGCAUCCCCGCCGAGGAGGAGACGGGGGACCGGCAGACUAUAGACGAUAUCAUCCUACAGAGAGCCGAGAGCCUCCUGCUCCGCUCCAUUCUCAAAAAUAUAGAGGAUGAGGAUGGCGCGAACGAGGGAUUGACCUCUCAGCCAGAGUGGCUGGUGAAGCGGCAGCAUCCCGGUAAGAGGUACCAGGAGGAGCUGGAAAAAAGGCAACACCCUGGAAAGCGAGAGGAGGACGAGGACGAAGACUAUGGUGAGGUUCAGAAAAGACAGCACCCGGGAAAACGCGAAGACGAAUUUGACUCUUUUGUGGAGCUGCAGAGAAGACAGCAUCCAGGCAAGCGUUUAAUGCUGGAGCAGAUUACAGAGAACCCCGCAUUUCUAAGUGAACUCUCCAAACGUCAGCACCCGGGCAAGCGCUACAUGAUGUACUACAGCAAGCGCCAGCAUCCCGGCAGGCGAGAGGUGGACGAAGAGUCAGACGCAGGGGACCUCAAGGAGUUGGAGAAGCGCCAACACCCCGGCAAACGCUACUUGGAUAACACGAGCCCGGAUUUGGGCGCAAACAGUCCCUGUGACGUGCUGGACCCUGGCUGCAGUAAGGCCAACCUGUUGCUCCAGCUAUUAGACAACGUGAACAAGAGUCGCGAGGAGAAGAGACAGCACCCAGGCAAAAGGUCCGCACCUGUCGAGGAUUUGACGGAACAGGAGUAACAAGCGGGGCUGAUGAAGCCCAUGUGGGGAAGAAAUAAAGACUAAAGCGACGGGAUUAGCUAUUGGCUCUGCAGUCUGUCUGUCUGUAUCCAACUGAGGACGCAGGCUCGGAAUCUGCUCUCUUCUGUCUGACCUUGAAUUGAAUAGGCUAAGUGUAAUUUUCAGAGUUAUAUAAAACAAAUGUGUUAUAUACGACAUAUUGACCUGUAGUUUGUUUUAUGAUUUAGGCCUAAUGCGUUCGAUGUAAAAUAUAAGUGGAUAUACACUUGCAAAAUGGAUAUACACUUGCAAAAACCUGC